AUGACAUGGCCACUCCACCUGGCUGUAGCUCACCCAGCUCAGCUUUAAGAGGCGCGGUAGAGAGACAGAGCUCACAUCCUGUUCCAAGUACGCAGCCAGGACAGCCAAGAUGGCCGUGGACAGUGAUACGACUGUAGUGCUGGCAGCAUUGGGCCGGCCCUUCAGUCUGGGGAUGCUCUACGACUGUCGCAAUGACUCACUGAUCCCCGCUCUGACACUUUGGGACCGGGAAGCCUUAGAGAAAGAAGCAGACGAAAGACCCCAACCCAACAGUGACUUUGCCAUAGUUGCAUCUGACUCCAUCGAAGACAAAUCAACUGCAUUGAAUGUUGAAGCUUCACUCAAAGCCAGUUUUCUGUCUGGACUGGUUGAGAUAGAAGGCUCUGCUAAAUUCCUCUCAGAUUCUAAGAUUUCCAGAAAUCAGGCUAGAGUGACACUAAAAUACAAAACGACCACCAAGUUCAAAGAGCUGUCAAUGAAUCACAUUGGCAGAGGUAAUAUAAAGCAUCCAUAUGUGUUUGAGUCACGACAAGCAACACACGUAGUGACAGGAAUCCUAUAUGGGGCACAAGCCUUCUUUGUGUUUGACCGUGAGGUGUCAGAAAAGGAAGACAGGCAAGUCAUCGAGGGCAAUCUAAAGGUGCUGAUCAAGAAGAUACCCGCCUUGACGAUAGACGGUCAAGGUUCUCUGAACAUGGCAGACACGGACAUUGCAAAUGUUGAGAAGUUCUCCUGCAAGUUCCAUGGGGACUUCAACCUUGAAAAACACCCUGUGUCUUUUCAGGAGGCAAUAGAAGUCUAUCAAAGCCUACCUAAGCUAAUGGGAACCAACGGAGCGAAUGCUGUGCCUCAGAAGGUCUGGUUAAUGCCACUGAAGGCUCUAGAUUCUGGUGCUGCUCAACUGGUUCGACAGAUAAGUGAACGAUUAAUCAGGGAUGCUCAGAAUGUCCUGGAGGACCUCAGUGAGCUGGAAAGGAGAAGCAACGAUGCAGAAAGAUGCACAACAGCCCAGCAAUUCCCACAGAUUAACAAAAAGUUAAAGGCUUUCAAAGAGCUGGUUUCUCAGCACAAACUGGAAUUCCAGAAUCAUAUGGCAAGGAAACUCCCAUUGAUCAGAGGAGGAGGAGAGGAGGAAAGUGUUCUCGCAAAGAUCCUGAAAAAAGUACAUUCUUCUCCCUUCAAAAGUGGUGAACUGAAUGAGUGGAUGGAAUGCAAAGAGACAGAAAUCAAAAUCAUCAGCUCUCUGAUUGACAAGAUGCCCAACAUGACGAUUGUCACUAAUCGAAACACUCUGCACCAUGAGAUCCACAGUGAAGAUGUCAGACAUACAGUGUGCUUCGUCUUUACCUCCCUGGAAACCCCAGAGCCAUUCCUUUCAGCUCUGUCAAACUACUUGGAUGAAACCCAACCAGACGAUGUGCCAUGUGCUAAAGAUUUGGAAAAUAAACAAUGGUUCUUCUCCAAUGUAAUUUACGAGAAAAUAAAGCUCUUCAAAGAUUUUGCCGUGGCCAACAAGGAGAACAAAAGCGUCAGGUUUCUAACAGCUGCAAUAAGAGAUGAUGAGAAGAAAGGUGCAACUCUCCACCUCUACAAGGAUGGAUCCUUAGUCAACAACAACUUUGAACCACCUUCGAAGCCAGAGAUGAUCACAGGUGACAUAACCCAUAACAGUGUAACACUGAAUAUUUCCCCACCUCGUUUUGGGUUAACAACUGUCACCCACUACACUGUUGAGUUCUGUGUCGAUGGAGAUGAUAUUUGGCAUAAACAAAUGGAGAGCAAGGCUGGAGAUGUCACAGUGUCCGGCUUGAAGAUUAAUGAAGAGUAUAAGAUCAGGUGUAGAGCCAAGUGUGCAGUCGGCCUUGGCCCGGCCUGUGACGAUAACGCUUUAAUUAAAACCUUACCUACCAGUCCUCCAGAAAAAAGCAAAGAGAAAUCUGUAGUUGUGUGCACAGAAAAGCCACCUGAGGCUGUUAAGAAAGAAGGCAGGAAGAUUACAGGACCCCCAGAUUCUCUGGACGUUCAUACUCUUCCUCUGAAAGCCCAGCCCAUAAAUGUAGAGGGGUGUGAGCGCUUCAUAUUUGGAAAAGACUCUGGGAACAAGAACCGCACCAUCAUGGUUCUAGGAGCCACUGGGGCGGGGAAGUCCACCCUGGUCAACAGGAUGAUCAACUACAUCCUGGGGGUCAAAUGGGACGACACCUUUAGAUUCAAGUUAGCAGACGAAGGCGCGGCCAAGUCUCAGGCUCACAGCCAGACCUCUGAAGUCACCGUGUACAAGCUCAACCACCGAGAGGGCUUCCAGAUCGACUACUCCCUGACUAUUGUGGACACACCGGGUUUCGGAGACACAGGAGGCAUAGAGAAAGACAGGAUGAUUAGAAGUCUACAAAGGAUUUUCUCAGCUGAACAUGGAGUCAGCGAGAUUGAUGCCAUCUGCUUCGUGGCCCAAGCGUCUCUAGCUUGGCUUACACCAUUACAGAAAUACAUCUUUGAAUCAGUGCUCUCCAUAUUUGGCAAAGAUGUGGCAGAGAACAUCCGGAUUUUGGUGACAUUUGCAGAUGGCACAAAACCUACGGUUCUCGACGCAAUCAAUGAGUCUGCGGUCCCCUGUCCAAAAGAGAAAGAUGGUUUACCAAUUCACUUCAAAUUCAAUAACUCCUUGUUUGCUGACAACAAGGUACUUGGUGCGAAAAACAAAAGUGAAGACAAUGACGAUGAUGAUGACGAUGAAGACGGGGACGGAUUUCAUAAAACAAAUUGGGACAUGGGAACCAACAGCAUGAACAGAUUCUUUUCUGCUCUGAAUUUCAUUGAGACCAAGAGCUUGACCUUAACUAAGGAGGUGCUCAGAAAGAGAGGUGAGCUGGAGAAUCUCCAGAUUAAGGUGAAAUUGGGCUUAGCUAAACUUGUGGCGAUUAAGCAAGAAUCUGAAAUUCUCCAAACACACGAGGCAGCGAUCACAGCCAAUGAGGAAUUUGAGUAUGAGGUCAUCUUCAUGAAACCUGUUCAAGCUGACAUUUCCAAAACAGGGAAAUACAUCACCAACUGUCAGCAAUGUGAAAAGACCUGCCACUUUCCCUGCUCCAUACCAAACGAUGCUGAAAAGAGUCGUUGUAGGGUCAUGGGACCAGACGGCAACUGCACACAAUGUGAGAACAAGUGCCAUUGGAUGUUGCAUUUCAACCAAAAGUAUCACUGGGACUACGAACAGGUGACGGAGAAACUGACCUACAAGGACCUGAAAGAAAAGUAUGAAAAGGCCUCAGAGAAAGCAAUGUCCGUUGUAGAUGUCAUCAAAAAGAUGGAGCUGGAGUACGACCUCCUACAGGAGGAGGUGGUUAGGCUGAAGGAGUGCUCAGCCGAGUGUCUCAACACCCUGAAGGAGAUCGCUCUGAAGCCCAAUCCACUCUCAACACCUGAAUACAUUGACCUGAUGAUAGAGGGAGAGAAGUCAGAAGCCAAGCCUGGCUACCUGGAGCGCAUCGAGAAAGUACAGCACAUGAGGGAGAAGGCGGGGAAGGAAAUAAUAAUAAAUAAUAAAUUUUAUUUUUGCCGCCUUUACCCAAGGUCUCCUUACAUAGAAUAAAAAGCAUAAGAUAACAACAACAAAGCAUCAAAUAACAGCAUCAAACAUAAUUAAAACCAAACAUCGAUCACUGGUCACUGUAGUGCAGUCACCAGUCAUAGUGAGUAUGCAGAUUUGGAGGUGGCCAGCGGAGCCAAACUGCUCUAGAUGUGGGGGCAUGAUAGUC